UCACUUCCGGUUCCAUAAUAGUCAAGCGGAAGCUGCGGAACGACAGUUACGACACCCAUUCAAACUCGUGUCGUUCAUUGUACUCCGGUAUGAGUGAGUACGAUAUUUUCAAUUUCUUCACUCACCUAGCGAGUGAGCGAGCUCAACUUCACAUCAGUUUUUAUCACACAUCAUCGAAAAUUUUGGGGAUAAUUCAAUUUCGGCACAGAGGGGCAUUUAUUUCCGAUUCAUCCUACAGAGAAUUAUUGAAAUUCUUCACGUCUUCCAUAAAAGAAAUAAAGAAGCACAAUGUCGGUCUCCUCGAUCCUCUUUAAAGCUUAUUCCGCACAUAGAAGAUCUUCAUCUCUGAAACACCAUAUCAGAUGCCUGAGCAAUGUUCCAGAAAACACCGUGUACGGUGGUCCAAAAUCGCAAAACCCUAACCAACGUGUAACUCUAACUAACCUGAAACAGAAACAUAAAAAAGGAGAACCCAUAACGAUGGUAACAGCUUAUGAUUACCCAUCAGCAGUUCACCUUGAUGAAGCAGGAAUUGAUAUAUGUCUUGUCGGUGAUUCAGCUUCAAUGGUUGUUCAUGGUCAUGAUACAACUCUUCCUAUUACUCUUGAAGAAAUGCUUGUUCAUUGUCGUUCUGUUGCUCGUGGUGCCAAAAACCCAUUACUUAUUGGUGAUCUACCAUUUGGUACUUAUGAAUCAAGCUCCAAUCAGGCAAUUGACACAGCAGUUAGAGUUCUCAAAGAAGGUGCAAUGGAUGCAAUUAAAUUGGAAGGAGGCGCUCCUUCUAGAAUUACAGCAGCUAAAGCCAUUGUUGAAGCUGGAAUUGCAGUUAUGGGUCAUGUUGGAUUGACUCCUCAAGCUAUCAGUGUUCUUGGAGGAUUUAGGCCUCAAGGAAAGAAUGUUGCCAGUGCUUUAAAGGUUGUCCAAACUGCAAUGGCUUUGCAGGAGGCUGGAUGCUUCUCUGUGGUGCUUGAAUGUGUGCCCGCACCUGUUGCUGCAGCUGCCACCUCUGCCCUUCGAAUUCCUACAAUCGGUAUCGGAGCUGGUCCUUUCUGUAGUGGCCAGGUUCUAGUUUACCACGAUCUGUUGGGUAUGCUGCAACACCCUCAUCAUGCCAAGGUUACUCCAAAAUUCUGUAAGCAGUAUGCACGAGUUGGUGACGUUAUAAACCAGGCACUUUUACAAUACAAGGAAGAGGUGACGGAAAGAUCUUUCCCAGGUCCUACUCAUACACCAUAUAAAAUGAGUAAUUCAGAUGUUAAUGGUUUCUUAAGUGAAUUAGAGAAGAUGGGUUUGGGCAGUGCAGCUUCUUCUGCAGCAGUGGCAGCUGAGAAGGCUGAAACAGUUAAUGGGUCUUCCUAAUUGUUACGGUGUCCAUCCUCUCUUUUUUUUUUGAACGAUUUUUUGGGCACUACUCAAAAAUGCAGGGGGACUACUCUUUACUUUUUGGGUGGAUAUUUGAAGUAAUUUUGAGUCACCCCUUAUCUAUUUUUUUUAAUACCAAACCUACCCUUGAUAAUAAAAUUAGUUAGUGUAUUGAUUAGUGAGUUAA